UAAGAAGUGCCCCUGCCCUAGAAGUAGACUCAGGGCAGAGAAAGGACAGACAGCAGACGGACAGUCACAGCAGCCCUGACAAGAGUGUUCCUGGAAACCGAGCUCUUCUCUAUAGAGGACAGAGCAGGCCGCAGAGACCAUGAGGCCCCCCUCAGCACCUUCCCACAGAUGGCGCAUCCCCUGGCAGAGGUUCCUGCUCAUAGCCUCACUUCUAACCUUCUGGAACCUGCCCACCAGUGCCCAGCUCACUAUUGAAUCCAUUCCAUCCAAUGCUGCAGAGGGGGAGGAGGUUCUUCUACUCACCCACAAUGUGUCCCAAGAUACGGCUGCCUUCAACUGGUACAAAGGGGAAAGAGUGGACAGGACCCGUCGAAUUAUGGGAUAUGUAAUAGCAGUUCAACAAACUAUCCAAGGGCCCGCAUACAGCGGCCGAGAGACAAUAAACCCCAAUGUCUCCCUGCUGAUCCGGAACGUCUCCCUGCUGAUCCGGAACGUCACCCUGAGUGACACAGGAUUCUACACCCUGCAAGUCAUAAAGGGAGACCUUACGAGUGAAGAAACAACUGUCCAGUUCCGUGUAUACUCGGAGCUGUCCAAGCCCAACAUCACCAGCAACAACUCCAGGCCUGUGGAGAACAAGGAUGCUGUGGCCUUAACCUGUGAACCUGAGACUCAGGACACAACCUACCUGUGGUGGGUAAAUGGUCAGAGCCUCCCGGUGAGUCCCAGGCUGCAGCUGUCCAGUGACAACAGGACCCUCACUCUACUCAGCGUCACAAGGAAUGACACAGGACCCUAUGAGUGUGGAAUCCAGAACCCAGUGAGUGCGAACCGCAGUGACCCAGUCACCCUGAAUGUCCUCUAUGGCCCGGACACCCCCAUCAUUUCCCCUCCAGACUCAUCUUACCGUUCAGGAGCAAACCUCAACCUCUCCUGCCACUCGGCCUCUAACCCAACCCCAACGUAUUCCUGGUAUAUCAAUGGGACUUUGCAGUCACACACACAAGUGCUCUUCAUCCCCCAAAUCACUUCAAAUCACACCGCAGUCUAUGGCUGCUUUGUCUCUAACUCAGCGACCCGCCGCUAUAAUUCCACAGUCAAGACGAUCACGGUCUCUGUACCAGGCGGUCCUGUUGACUCAGCUGGGACCACUGUCAGCAUCAUGACUGGAGUGCUGGCUGGGGUGGCUCUGAUAGCAGCCCUGGUAUAGUUUCUGCAUUUCAGGAAGACUGGCAGACAGUUGUGAUUCUUCCUUAAAGCCUCUGCAACCAGCUACAGAUUAAAAUUGCUUCUUUGUCAGGGAUAUUUAUAGAAAAGACUCUGGCCUGGACUCUGGAAUGCAGGUUUCUGAUAACAUAGAGAUCAUAUCAUUGGACUGUCUGAGAAUUUCCGCAACUUUAAUGAACAAACUGAUAGUUUCAUGAAACUGUCCACCAAGAUCAAGCCGAGAAAAUAAUUGAUUUUACGGGACCAAAUGAACUAAUGAGGACAAUAUUUUUAUGAUUUUUUUAUUUGAAAUUUUGCUGAUUCUCUAAAUGUCUUAUUUCCCAUAUUUCAGGAAAGUUUUUUUAAGUUAUCCAUAGCUUACAGCAAUUUGACAAAAUAUACUUUCAUGAACAAAAAUGGAGACAUUUACAUUUUCUCCCUAUGUGACUGCUCCAGACUAGGGAAAUUAUUCACGACUGUUUACAUGGUGUGGCAAUAUAAUUAUUGCACAAGUUCAAUAAAAAUCUGAUUUUUUUUUAUAACAGAGUGCAUUUGAAAACAUUGGUUAUAUUGCCAUUCUGUUGACUAGAAUGUCAUAUUUGAGGAUAUACAGAGGAUAAACCGUCUGGAGUCAGCCUUACUUCGGCUUCCUAGUGUCAAGAGGUUUCUAAGUUUAAUCUGAGAUUCCUCAUAAAAACUUUCGGCACAGCAAACCUUUAAAAAGUCUAUGUGGUGAGUCUCCACUCCUCUGCAGUUAUAUGAAAAGAAUGAGGCCAAGUUUGAUGAGACUAAACUUAUUCCAAAAACAGAUUUGCUUUAUCGGGAUUAUCUUUGGUAGAAGGAGAGAUGCCUAUGGAGAGAAAUUCUACUGAAAAGAUAAACUAUAGAGCACACCUGUUAUGAGACUUUCCUUUGUACAUUGUUACUGAGUUCCUAUUAUCCACCUGUAGACCAGAGGGGACCCUGAAUUCUUCCAGUGUCUUCAAUCCCAUUUUCUCCCAUGGAAUCGCUAAGAACAAGGUCUGCUCUGUUCCUGAAGCUCUGUAAGCUAGAGGUGGACAACUCAAUGUAAAUUUCAUGGGGAGACACUCAUGCCUAAGGUGUGGGCCACUCAGAGUUCACCAAUGUGUUCAACGCCAUAACUACAGACACUGAAAGUGCAAACCAGGACGAGAAGUCGACAACUUUGCACGGUGGACAGCUUUUCCCAAGACAUCGGAACAAGACUUCCCGUCAUGAUGAGGCUCCUACCCUGCUUCAUUUGUCUUGGCUCAUGCCUGCCUCUUUCCCUUGGCAGGAUAAUACUGUAAUUAGAAUUUCAUAGGAAGUAGCUUCCGAAGGCAGCUUAACAGAGUGUCAGAUCUAUCAUGCCACCCCCAAAUUUACAUAAGAGAUCCUUUAGACCACUCAAUGGCUGCCAUUAGCAGCAUCUUAACACAACUCUUUGUUCAAAUGUACCGUGGUCCCUUUUAGAGUUACACUUUUAGACUCACUUGUUCUCACUCCCUGUUUUAAUGUAACCCAGCCAUGAGAUACUAGGUAAUGGAAUUACCUCCUACUAGCUGAACAGGAAGGAGCCUGUGCUGUUUCUGACGCUUUCUGUUGAACAUAGAUAAAUACAGAGGCUCAGUUGCAGAAAUUUACAAACGUGCUGGCUUGGUUAAAAUGCGUAGACUCAUCUGGCUCAUUCUUUGAUCUAUUCCAUUUUAGAUGGUUUGCAUCUUGGCUAAGGUGCAUACUCCAAACUCUUGGUGUUACCCUCCUGAUAGGCACGAUACUAGUCUCCCUGGCGUGCCGUAUUCUCUGAAAGCUUUCAGCGUUUCCAUGCAGCUAUCCCUCAAAUGUCAAAUGGCAUCUCUUUGGCUGCAAUGACAAAACCCAAAGGAACGUGGGAUCAGGAGGACAUCAUAACCUAUGAAUGAUGGAAGCCCAAAAUGAUGUAGCUGAGAACAAUGUGAGUGCUGUAAGUUUUGGUCACACUGUCACCUGAGUGACAGCAAAGAGGUUCCAGAAUAGGGCCACCAAUGCUAAAUGCUGCGUACUCCCACUGAAAUUUUAAGAAAGCAGACAGAUCCCAAAACAGACCAAUUAAAAAAAAAAAAAAGGAGAUUCCAACCUACUUGAGUUAACAUAAGAAGGAAGUCCCCUUUGCUUUGAUUUUUAUAAAAAAGUAACCUGAAUUAACCUGAUGUUAACCAAUCUAUUUAUUUCCAUUCUCUCUUUUCUUGUUCAAAUUUGACAAACUCACUCUUCUGUGAUUGUAUUCUUCUGUGAUUGUAUUGCUCAGGGGAAGCUAUCACUGUAUUUUUAAAGGGGAAGCUGCCUUAAAUUAUAAAUCCCAAAUAAAAGCCAAUCCCAAAUAUACAAUUUGAAGAUAA